UAUACAGGCGUAUGUAGGUCAAAUGAUUUUCGGCGUGCUCUGCUUUUCUACCGAUACUGAUAUGGUUACGGGCUCGGCUUAUAGUAAAUAAAUGUUUCUUGAUUUGUCGACGAACAUCUUGUGCGCUCAACACACCAUGACGCAAACAGCAGCAGCAACACAACGCGCCAACGACGUCGACAAGGGGUGGGCAUGGCUGGUGCUUGUCGCAGUGUAUUCUGGGAUAUUCCUCUUAUCGACGUCAAUACUCAUGUGCGGCGUCAUCUUCUUCGCCCUGCUGACGUAUUACGGCAAGAACGCUGCAAUGACGUCGGUCAUCGGCUCUCUCAAUUCUGGGCUUAUGAAUUUGCUGGGUCCACUAGUUUCCAUAGUAAUGGACACCUACUCCUGCCGAACGAGCAUGUUGAUUGGUGCAAUCCUAGUAACGUCAUCAUACGUAGCGAGUGCUUUCGUACAAAACAUAGAUCUCCUGAUCUUUAUUUUCGGGGUUUUAGGAGGUACGGGAAAUGCCUUGGUUAGCGUCCCUCUUGCCGUCGUAUUAGCGUACUAUUUCGAUAAGCGGAAGAAGUUCAUAAUCGCGCUGAGCCAGGCGGUGAUUGGGCUCGCAAUGUUUGUUGCUUCGCCCUUGACAUUUUUUCUUCUGGACAGAUACGCGCUUAAGGGCAUGUUUCUUAUGACCGCUGGAAUAAAAGCUCAGCUUUGUGUCAUUGCACUGCUUUGCAGACCGAAUUCCCGAGAACUACAGUUACAAAAUGACAGAAAACGUGGACGAAAAAAAGAUAACAAAAUCACGGGAUGUAAUAGUAAAGGUUUCGUCUGUUUCGAUUUAUCUCUUUUGUUAAAUACCCCAUUCCUGUUAUAUUUAUGCAGCACAACAGCCUGGAACUUUAUGUUGUCCGUCUGUCUCAUGCAUUUACCAAAUUUCAUGCUGACCAAAGGUAAAAGCGACGUGGAUGUGACGUUUAUUAUGACAAUAUUCGGAAUAUGCAAUACAUCCGGACGAUUCAUCUUGGCGAUUAGCUUUGUCACAGACAAACUAGACUCAUUAAUAAUACAUAUAUGCUGCCUUGGUGUGUCCGGUGCUCUAACCAUAUCAUAUCCCUUGUACGCAAGCAUGGACGGAGCGGAGUUCGCCCUCGUUGUGAUAGCGGGGACUUUUACAGGUGGCUCAAACUCCCUGAUGACGCCUAUCACUCUGGAUUUCGUCGAUGAGGACCGGAUAUCCGACGCGCAUGGCCUAGAGUUCUUCUUUUGCGGGCUCGGCUAUAUCACAGGACCUCCCAUAGCAGGUUACAUGUUUGAAGUGACUUCCUCCUACCACUACAGUGUCAUGAUGUCAGCUUUGUAGAUUUCUCGAAGUACCACUGGGGUGUGGAGCAGACAUCUUCAAUGGCGGACUCGAGCUGCACAAUGGUGUCAGUGAUGUUGUUGUUGAUGAUUUUAUAAUCAAAGUAGUGGCCGUAGUGUUUCUCCAAGAGUACGCUUACCUUGGCCAGACGCUCCAGGCUUCUCUCAUAUGGAGAAUAAGAUAUAUAUAUUAUAUAGAUCGUUUCAGAGCUGUAGGGUUAGCCAAUAUAUUCAACUUAAAAGGGAAUCAAACCUUGCCAUUAAAAAGGGGCUUAAUGCAUUUGUGUAGUGCCCCACCCCCAGAUUGGCCUGUGAAGUCCGCACAUGUUAAUUAGGGAUGAAGCUUUCCACCCCAACAGGAUUUUGGCUAAGAAGAGAUUUCCUUUAAACAAGGAAUACAAUGUGGGACCUACACAGGCAAAUCUCGGGCAAUUUUUUACGCACAUGCAUUAAACCCCUUUUUGUCGGAGUGAGUCUCAAUUUGUAACUAGAUUUGUUCCACACACUGAAGCACCCAGCUUACACAAUUGGAAACAUACAGAUAAAUCUGUGAAUUUACGAGGACGUGCUUUCAAACCGAUAAUCUUUUUUUUAAUGACAUUUUUUUAAAAAGUACAAAAGGGCCAUAAUUCCAGAAAAUAUAUUGAUUCCGUCACGUAUAUAAGGUCAUUUAGCCGUUGAAUUGUUUAGCCAAAUCCAUAAUGCAGGUGAAGAGGAGUUAAGUUAACAAGAUUUGAGGACUAUAUAGGCUAUGGUGAAAACGGACAAAGGCAUUUUUUGUGGUAGCAGCGUAAAUGCCUUCUUUUAUUAUCAUCUACACAUUAAGGUUUAUCAGCUGUAAUGUUUUAGAGCGAAAUCCACCCAGCAGAUAAACAACAGCUGAGUGCACAAUCUUUGACAUCUCAAAUAUCUACUCCUAAAUUUCCGAGCAGAAAGUUCUAAAGAAUUAUCAGUAGUAUAUGUUAAAGCUAUAAUAAAUCCGGAAAUUAUAAACAUAACAGUAUUUACUCUUGCAUUUUUUGUUUCUGAUGUUUAAAAAAAAUGUUAAUCAUGUUUACUGUGCUGAACGUGAUUUUAGUGAAUAACCAGGCCUGGGCCGGUGUUCAUGAUGCUUUUUAUGGGAAUCCUAAUUUAAGCGACACUUAAAAUAAUAUUUCUGAUUUCAUUUUAUUUACCAAAUCUGUUAACAGAAAUUGGAAAUGCUAAAUAUUAAUUCAUUUAAUAAGAAACAUUUAAAAAGACCUGUACAGGUAUCAGCCGAAGAGUUGAGGGAUACAGGGAUUUUAAAAGAUGCUUGUAAGACAUCCCUGAGCACUUUUGUGAAUUCCGACCCUGGUAGAUGUUGUUUAGGAACGGUCACUCCAUGAACAGCUCAUUUGCUAGUAUUGUCUCUAUCAAAGAUAUAUCAAUGUUAAUUGAAAGAUCUUUGUCUCCAUUAAUAUUUUAUAUAAGUGUCCAUAAUAUGCAAUAAAUAGUAUAAGUAGUAUCAUUUACUAUGUACUUUAUGUCUGUUGAAUGUAGUCAAUACGAUGGGUAUUGUGCCUUCUUAUUGUGAAACGUAUUAAACUAGUUUUAUUGGUCAGAUGU